GGCCCGAUGUGCGCUCUGGCUGGCGUUGCAGAGCCCCAAUCAGGUGCCAUUACACCCGAUGUUUGAGAAUACCAUUGGCUGGUGGGGAAAAGAGCUGUGCGCAAAACCAACCCCGCUGCUCAUACUCGCCUUACAGAAGCCGAGCUGAGAACAUCAUCCGCUUUGAGCGCUUAGGCGCAGUGAUUACAUCCUCACAGAGAGAGAUAGAAAGUCCUGUUAUUCGCCAGUCUUUAUUUAGAAGUUGCAUUUGUUAUAGGUUUCGGCGGUGCGUAAAUAGGAAUUUUUUGCUUUCUUUUUUGCCUGGGGGAUUUCCUAUGUUGUUGUGUGACUUUAUGUGAAGAAGGGGCAGUCUGUUCUGUGCACAGGGAGUGUUGGCUUUGCGUCCUGGCUCCAGCCUGCAAUGUUUGCGCUGACGCCAAAACUCACAGACCGGUGCAGAAUUGAUUAACACAGAGAAGCUCGGAUCAAAUGGCUGUGCUUCUCACAGCUGAAACGACACAAUGUUCCACUGACCCGAGGCAGAGGAGAGGAAUUUCAGACUCGGACAGCCUUGUUGCUGUUUAUUUCACUUCCUUUUUGCGGACAGAGGAAAUGGGAAAUGCUCAUUUCUUGUAAGAAAAAGGAAUAACACUUUUUUUUCCGUCUCGAAGUGCAAUUUGUGAGAGGGAGAGGAGAUGAUUUGGUUAAUUUUCCUGCUCUCCAUCCUGCAUGGAACUGUCUCCCAGCUACACUACUCCGUGCCAGAGGAGCAGGAACCUGGCUCUGUGGUUGGGAAUAUUGCAGAGGAUCUGGGGCUGGACAUUACCAAACUUUCCGCUCGCCGCUUUCAGACGGUGCCUAGUUCACGAACACCUUAUCUGGAGGUGAACUUAGAGAACGGUGCGCUCCUGGUGAAGGAGAAAAUUGACCGGGAAGAAAUCUGUAAGCAGACCAUCCCGUGCCUAUUGCACCUGGAGGUGUUUCUGGAGAACCCGCUGGAGCUCUUUCGCGUGGAGAUUGAGGUGAUGGAUAUCAACGACAAUCCACCCAGCUUCCCCGAGACAGAUAUUUCCGUGGAGAUAUCGGAGAGCGCCAUCCCCGGGACCCGUUUCCCGGUGGAGAAUGCCUUCGACCCUGACGUGGGCACAAACGCGCUCAGCACAUAUGCCAUAACAAAUAAUAACUAUUUUUACCUUGACGUGCAGACACAGAGCGACGGGAACAAGUUCGCAGAGCUGGUGCUGGAGAAGCCGCUGGACAGGGAGCAGCAGGCGGUGCACCGCUAUGUGCUGACGGCUGUGGACGGGGGCAUCCCGCAGCGGACCGGGACGGCUCUCCUCGUAGUUAAAGUUCUGGACUCUAAUGAUAACGCGCCCACCUUUGACCAGUCUGUGUACUCUGUUAACCUGCGGGAAAACUCUCCGGUGGGCACUCUGGUCAUUCAGCUCAACGCCACGGAUGUUGACGAGGGACAAAACGGGGAAAUAGUUUAUUCUUUCAGCAAUCACAACGCCCCGCGGAUAAAGGACUUAUUCAACAUUGAUGCCAGAACAGGUAGGAUAGAGGUGGCAGGUGAGGUGGACUAUGAAGAGAGCAACACGCACCAGAUUUAUGUCCAGGCUAAAGACAUGGGGGCUAAUGCGGUCCCCGCGCACUGCAAAGUGCUGGUCAAACUCAUGGACGUGAACGACAACACACCAGAGAUCGGUUUCAGCACUGUGACUGAAUCCGUGAGCGAGCAGGACGCCCCGGGCACCGUGAUCGCACUUUUUAGCGUCUCAGACCGGGACUCUGGCGAGAAUGGACAUAUGAGCUGCGAUAUUUUAGGAGACGUUCCUUUCAAGCUGAAAUCGUCUUUUAAAAACUACUACACCAUCGUGACAGACGGACCGCUGGACAGAGAGAACACAGAUUCCUACACCAUCACUGUGGUGGCCAAAGACAAGGGGCAGCCUUCGCUCGCCACCAGCAAGUCCAUUAAAGUGCACGUCUCCGAUGAGAAUGACAAUGCUCCCCGUUUUACGCAGGCUGUUUAUGAUGUGUAUGUGACUGAAAAUAAUGUGCCAGGUGCUUUCAUUCACGCCGUGAGCGCUUUGGACCCUGAUAUAGGGCAGAACGCUCUCAUUACUUACUCCAUAUUGGAGUGUGACAUACAGGGCAUGUCUGUGGACACGUAUGUGUCCAUAAACCAGGACACCGGCUACCUUUACGCGCUGCGCUCGUUUGAUUACGAGCAGCUGAAGGAGUUUAGCUUCAUGGUCCAGGCUAAAGACUCUGGUGCUGCCGAGCUCUUCUCUAAUGCCACUGUGAAUGUGAUCAUAGUUGACCAAAAUGACAACGCUCCCACUGUAAUAGCCCCCAUAGGCAAAAACGGCACAGCAAAAGAGCACCUGCCGCGCUCCGCGGAGCCCGGCUACCUGGUGACGCGCAUUGUGGCCAUGGAUGCGGAUGACGGCGAGAACGCACGGCUGUCCUACAGCAUCCUGCGGGGCAACGAGAUGGGGAUGUUCCGCAUGGACUGGAGGACAGGGGAGCUGAGGACAGCCCGCAGGAUCUCUCCCAAGCGGGACCCGCAGGGCUACUACGACCUGCUGAUCGAAGUGAGGGACCACGGGCAGCCCCCUCUCUCCUCCUCGGCGAGUGUGAGUGUAAUAUUAGUGGACAGCGUGGUCGAAGGCCGCAGCGGGGAUCGCGGCUCGGCCUCCAAGGCAAAGGAGACCUCCCUUGACCUCACCCUCAUUCUCAUCAUCGCUUUGGGCUCCGUGUCCUUCAUCUUCCUCCUGGCUAUGAUCGUGCUGGCCGUGCGCUGCCAAAAGGACAAGAAGCUCAACCUGUACACGUGCCUGUUGGCCGGUGACUGCUGUCUGUGCUGCGGCUCCUGCUGUAGCAGACAGGCUCGCGGCCGGAAACAGAAGAAGCUGAGUAAAUCCGACAUCAUGCUAGUUCAGAGCACCAACGUGACGUCAGGGGUCGGGCCCGUGGGGCAGGUACCCGUGGAGGAGUCUGGUGUGGGCGGCGUGGGGGGGGGCUUCGGCUCCCACCACCACCAGAACCAGAACUCCUACUGCUACCAGGUGUGUCUGACACCGGAGUCCGCCAAAACGGAUCUGAUGUUCCUCAAACCGUGCAGCCCCUCCCGCAGCACUGACACGGAUCACACCAACCCCUGCGGCGCCAUAGUCACGGGUUACAGUGACCAACAACCGGACAUCAUAUCCAAUGGCAGUAUUCUCUCUAAUGAGACAAAACACCAACGAGCAGAACUCGGUUAUCUUGUGGACAGACCCAGGCGUGUCAACAGUUCGGCAUUCCAAGAAGCAGACAUCGUCAGCUCCAAAGACAGUGGUCAUGGCGACAGCGAACAGGGGGACAGUGACCACGAUGCCACCAACCGGGGUCAUUCGGCCGGUGCUGACCUGUUCUCCAACUGCACGGAGGAGUGCAAGGCCCUGGGCCACUCCGACCGCUGCUGGAUGCCGUCCUUCGUGCCGUCCGACGGGCGCCAGGGGCCGGACUACCGCAGCAACCUGCACGUCCCCGGCAUGGACGCCACGCUGCCCGACACUGAGGUACCCUCCUCCGACCAACUCACCAUGACCUCGUCCACCGCCUCGUCCAACGAUAGGUCAUUCUCCACCUUUGGCAAGGACGGUCAAAGGUCACAGUCACACCACAGCCUUCACCAUCACCUCCAUCAGCAACAGCAGCAGUACAGCUCCAGCACGCUAGAGAGGAAAGAGUAUGAUAGGGGGACCCUACCGUACAAACCCACCUUUCUCUGUGAGUAUCAGUAUGAAAGUUCCCUGGGACCCUAUGACUUUGGUCUGGUCCAGUACAGAUAUUAAAGGAAGGGACGCUGAAUCUGCCUUUUGAUUCUGAUCUGGACUUUUUAUGUUAUUCAUCAACUUAUAUUUCUUCUAUUUUUAAGGAGUUUAAAAAAUAUGGCUUUAUGUUUUGUUGUAUUGGUUUUUUUUUGUAAAUUAUAAUUUCUUUUGUCAAAUGUAAAAUGUAAUCUAUCAUUGCUAACUCCUCUUCUCAAAAACCCACUUUGAAAAAUUCAAUCUAACCCCAUCCUAACCCUAAAUACUGUUUGUAAUCAUGUGACUUAUUAUAAAAUAAACAGAAAAUUGAAUUGGACUCAUGUUAAA